AUGUGCGAAACAACAAGUCAAACGAGUUUUGAAGCGCAACAAGGCAUCAGAUUGGGCCUGAGCUCUCAAGCUCUGAGCCUGAGCACCGCCGCCGCCGCCGUCACUGCCGCGCCGGCCGCCUGGCAAGCAUCUCAGCCUGACUCGAGUGAGCACCCAAGCUCUCAGCCUGACUCGAGUGAGCACCCAAGCUCUCAGCCUGACUCGAGUGAGCUCCCAAGCUCUCAGCCUGACUCGAGUGAGCUCCCAAGCUCUCAGCCUGAGCUCUCAACUGCUCAACCUCAACCUGAAUUGUCUCAUGAUGAUGCCGAACGAGCGAAGAGGGUGCUCAUACAAGGAAAUGCUUUGCGCUGCAUAGAACAACAUGCUGCAGUGAGAAAUUUCGUUUACACUAAGGAUUCGAAGUGUCCUGGGCAGCCGCACAUUGGCAAAUUUUUGAAUAGCGUGGGCGAAAAUCUGACCGAUUGGCCAAUCGCGCCUCCCUGCAAGACGUUUGAUCAGUUUUGGCAAGACAUUCAAUCGAAAAUUUCAAAGCCUCACCACGAGAACCCCAUCAAUUUUGACUAUGUCGAAGACCCGGAGGCGCAAGAAGCGUUGGAAAUUGCAUAUAAUGAAUACAUGGUCCCAGUUUUGUUGAAGGUGUUGCAGAUGGUAGCGAUCAUUCAUGGAGUGAAAGAUCUACCGCAUGAAGAGCUAUGGAAACGUCUUGGAAAUUGCUUGCGGCCACGAGAAGAGUCAAAUGUGUCGCCAAGGAUGAACCCUUUGUUGAUUGACAAAGUUAUCCUUGGCCUAAUGCAGAAUGAGAACGUCAAGAAGUGCAUUGAAACAAAAAUCCCUACCGACGAAAAAUUUGAAAAGAAAUUGAAAUAUGUUGCCCGAGCAUACGCGCCGAAUGUCAAUGAAGCAUGUACUGGAGUGCAUGCAUCCAGAAUGCCUAUGAGGUCCUACAUCGCGUAUCAUUCACACGUGAAAAGAUUGAAGAGGGUUGCAGUUUCUGCGAAGCUAAUCUGUAAGACGAGGGUCAUGAAGAAAAUCUGGCUGAAGAAAAACUUGAAGAUGUUUUCCACUCGAGACCAUGGCCAUGGACUCGCGGCAGGAGCGCCUCCAGCGUCCGCUGCAUGGUGA